AGUGUUGCGUGAGAUACCGUAGGCGGUGGACGUUGUUGCAGCGGCCGGUCAAAAACAUACACGUGUCUGCGUUUCCUGUCAAGUGUCUGUGUGUUCUUGUGUUGCCAAGUGAUUCUUAACGCUUUCUCUUUGUUUUUUUUUUGUUGUUGUUUUUUUCAGUGUGUUUAAAUCUUACAAGUGAUUGGAGGUUUGAGGAAGACGUUUGUCAAAGAAGAAAAUACAUUGUGACGGCCGAAUUGUGGUAUGUUGUGGUGAGCAAGCAGUGAGCGAGUGAUGCUGGGGGGAGGGGGCAGCUGCGGUGGGCCAGUUUCAUGGUGGUGCAGCGAGGUGUGGAGGUGCUCCCCAAAAGUGGCCCCGGACAUUGCAUCAUCAAGUGCAGAGAUGGCCAACUGUGACCAGUGCAGCGUCAAGUUUUCACUUCUGAAGAGACGGAGAACUUGUGCCAAUUGCCACCUUGUCUUCUGUAGCUCUUGCAUAAAGACAGGCAUUGGAGGGACGAGAAAAUGCAACAAAUGCAUAGUGUUAUCGCAGUGGCCUCUUGACAUCUCUGAGGUGGGAGCCUUGCGUGUCAAGGACCUGAGACAGUACCUCCAGUCACAGCAUAUCAACAGUACAACAUGUACAGAGAAGCGAGAGUUGAUCGAGCUGGUGACUCGCCACAUUUGCAGUCAGCGGCGGAUGUCAGAUAGUGCGAGACAAAAUACAGGUGCUGGGAGUGGGAGCAUCUUCUCGAGCACAGCGCGACCGCCAGUGUUUAAGCCUCCCUCUUCCAACAUUACACGGGAUGAUGGCAUUAGGGUGCGGCCAAGCAGCACGCUAAACAGCGACAGUUCGGGCAGCAUACGAGUUAGGCCACUAGACAGCAUAAGAGUGAGGCCAAGUCGCUCGCUCUCUCCUGAUUCUAGUGAAUAUGAUCCGGAGAUGGAUUUGGGCAUUAGGGUGUUUGCGUCGGAUGGCCAGGCAGGCCAGCAGGAACGUGUGAGCAGCACGUCACCCAUCAGCAUGGAGGGCUGUUCUGAGAGCACAGAGGACAAGUGCUCGCAGUGCCCCAGUGAAGACUGUACAGCUUCCUCUUGUAGUUUAGAUUCCUGUCCCAACAGAGCAUCUAGUCAACCCAUGCCGUGCACCUUGCAUAAUGAUUCCUCAGGGCAAGACAGCAUUGAGGAUGUAAGUGCCACAAAUGACCUGCAGUUACCAGACUCCACCAGCAUGCUGGAGGAGAUCCCAGGAACAGGUGAAAUUGCUCAAGAUAACACUACCACAGCGCAGGAGACAGAGGUUUCGGAGCAAGGAGUCGACACCUCAGAGGCACCAGCAGUGGAGACCCCACUUGAGGCUUCUGCACCUCAGUUGGAGGAUGAUGCACCCAUUACCACUACCAUGUCCUCUUCAUCAGCCUCCUCAUCUACUCCUUCCACGGCUUCAUCCCCAGAACCUUCAAAACCUCUCCCCAACAAAGUCGUCGCGCUGGCAGACCUGAAGUCGGAGGAGGAUAUCCGUCGUCUUAGCGUCCGCCAGUGCAAGGAACUCCUGGCCUUGCACCGGGUCAACUACUCAGGGAUCACCGAGAAGUCGGAGCUGUUGAACAAGAUUGACAUGCUCUGGAAGGAUUACCAGAACACACGACAAGAUGUUGAGGGUUUGCCAGAGGAGCUGCUGUGUAAGAUCUGCAUGGAUAGCACGAUAGACUGUGUCUUUUUAGAGUGUGGACACAUGAUUGCCUGUACACAGUGUGGGAAGCAGAUGGCGGAGUGUCCAGUGUGCCGCCAGUAUGUGGUGCGUGUUGUGCGUACUUUCCGAGCUUAAGGCAACCGGCAUUUAUUAGCAAAACCACUCUUUGGGGCCUUAGUUGAUAGAUAAGUGGAUUUUUUUUUUUAUUAUUAUUAUUUUUUUUAGAUCCAAUAGAAUUAAAACUUCAAGUGUUUAAGAAUUUCUGGAUAAGAAUCUUAUUCUAUUUAAUUUUAUUAUUAUAUUUUAAAAUUUCUUUCCCCCACUUACUAGAACUUCCACCAGGAUGUUUGACAUUAAUUGAAUAUAUGAGUGUGCAGGUAUUACUCUGUGCUGGCAAAGAUAUACCUGAAUUAGGUCUAGGAAACUUUAUUCCAUGUACAACUUUAUUUGCAUAUACAGUAUAUAUUGAAGCAUAACAUUUACAUUUACUUGAAUGCUUAACAACAGGUCAUUUAUUUAUUAUAGGGAUAUAAGCAGAGACAGAAGCAUUUAUUACAAUUGUUUUUAUGUACUUGUAGAUACAGUGAAAUGCAUUCACAAAAAAGUCAGUACAUUGAGUGCUUGUUAAAGGUAUGGUUACAUAUUUCACUAAAAUCAGUGAAAUUGGAGUUAUUAUGAAUGCCUGGACUGAUUAUACCAUCUUUAGUUAAGCUCAUUUUUGUAUUAACAAACUUUUAGGAGAAAUUGAAGAUCAGGAGCAAUUAAAAGAAGGGAAGGGGUGAUGAAACUAGUAGGAAAAGAAAAUAGUAAUGGCAAGGAAAGAAUAAUAAUGGUGAUAAAGAUAUUACUGGAGGAAAACAAAAUUAAUGGUAAUGUUAACAAAAUUAUAAUAAACAAUGAUCAUAGGAGCAGCAGAUGAACAAAUUCACAUGUAAAGGAAGUUAUCACUAAAUUUAUUUCCAGCCAAAAGUUAAGUGAUAUACAUAUAAUUUUUAAGAGUAAAAUAUAACCAAAUUUAUUAUGUUAAUACCAGUUUGUGCAACUUACAAGUUUUUGAUUGAGAGUGAGUUUAAGCACAAUUAUAUGAUUUGCCAUGUUUUUACUGCUCAUUUCUUGACAUGUAUGUUUUUCAUUUGCAAUUUGUUUCACAUAUUUCAUUUUUCUUUCUUUUGCUUUUUCUUCUCUCCUUCUCUUUGCAGUGUUUCCAUUCGAAUUUUUUCCUCUUUGCUGUUUGUCUGACGCCUUCUCUUGGGAAGUGUUUUUCAAAGCUUUUAACACGGUCCUUUCCAAUUUCGAAGUUGUGAAGUCUUUAAAGGCUAAAAAGAAAAAACUUUUCCAUUUGUAUCGUUAAAAUUCUCUAUCAGUGUGAAAAAGGAAAUUCUCGAUCAUAAGAUCUUCACUAUUUUCUACUCCUUCCUUUCAAAUAUAGUACUAUCCAGCGUCAUGAAGAUUCAGCCUUGUCUAACGUAUAGUCUCCUUUGCAUACACUAGAUUAUACGAGUUAGAAGUCCGGAUGCCACCUUUUUGAACCCUUAGUGUGGAUGUCAAAAGGAAUAGCAAUAUAUACCUCAAACCCACUACAGUUUCAAACCUUAUUUCUCGUGGUUCUCAAAAAGAAAUUUCAUAGAGAUAAUACUCUUUCCAACUACACUAUACAGUCAAUACUCAUACGCCGUUGUUAGUGUCUGCUAGAGGUAGCUAUGAAAUUGCCCAAAACUACUGCAUCAUAUUCUUUUUAUGGUUGAGACAUAAGAGGCGUGGGGAUUGGUGUGAUAUAUUUUCCCUCUUUCUUUUCCUCUUUGUUUGUUUUCUUCCUUUUUCCCCUCUUCUUUUUCCUCUUUAUUUUCCCUCUUUGUUUUUUUCCUCCUUUCCCUUUUUUUUUUUUUUUCCCUCUUCUUUUAUCCUCUUUAUUUUCUUUCUUCCUUUCUCAUUUUUUCCCCCUCUUCUUUUUCCUCUUCAUUUUCUUUCUUCCUUUUCCCUUUCAUUUUCCUUCUUCUCUUUCUUCUUCAUUUUCCUUUACGAGGGAGUCCCAUCAUACUUCCAGUGGGCGGGCAAAGGGCCACUGGUUCCCUCUGUGAAAGCCCAAACUCGAGUCCUUGUUUUUUGUGUCUUCUGAGUUUUGGGUCCUCAUUUCUUAGUUGUUUUGGCAUAAUAUUUGUAUUGGGUUUGGGAACGUCAGUGGGGGUUGGGAGGUUAUAUACAUACAAAGGAUAUUGAUUUUUUUUUUUUUUUUUUUUUUUUAGGUUGUUGGUUAAUUGAUUGAUUGAUUGAAGAAGGCAUGUGUAAGAGAAAAGAAUGAAUAUAUUGAGAAAAACUUGAUUCGUUGUGUGUUUUUUACGAUUACUAUUCCUGUUACAUACUAGCUGUAUCUUUACCGGUGCUUGAUGUUCAACAGCUUCCAGUAAAUAGGAAAGCCAAAGUAAAUGGAGCUUGUAAAUUUUUGUGAGUCCUGGUGAUUCUAAAGGCUUGUACGGUCCUGUUUUACUACAUUUGGUCAGAGCUUAGUUGGCUUCCUAGUAGGAGAGAAACCAAGGGCAAUCACAACGGAGGCGUAGGGUCUGAUCUUUGAAGUACACGCGACUUUGGUGCAGUGAGGCAGUGGCACCCCAGUUGGUCCUUGCACAUUAUUUAUUAUUAUGUUUAUGGUCGUUUCGUUUGUGUUAUUUUUGUGCCGUUGGUGGGAAUAAUUAUUAUCGUAUUAAUAACCAUUCAGAAUGUAUCUGUAAAUGUAUAUCACAACCAAGUACAGUCUGCUUUAUGUUGAUUAUAAUAAGUCAAGUAGUUUUUAAAAAUCUGGCUAGUUAUAGUUACUCAUAUCUGCUUGUUCUGAAGAAGAAUGAAAAAAAACAAGUAUGAGGGAGAAAAAAGUAUUAUAUUAAGCACAAUUUACACAUAAUGAUGUAUUUACAUGUCCAUGUUUUCAUCUAUAGUUGAAUAUAAGCAAAUUCAGAAGUCGCAAAAAAAAAAAAAAAAAAAAAAAAAAAAUCACAACAAAGAUUAUAGGAAUUCUUCUUUUAGUGAUCUUGUAAGAGGUGGAUUAACUUUGAAAAAAUAACUCUGAUUGCUACAGAUGUCUCUUCUCCAUUUUUCAUAUUUUGCACAUGUUAAGUGAGAUAGAUGGUAAGAUCUAGAAUAACGAGGAAACCAGAUCUCUAAGUGUGCUUGUGAAAAAUUGUACAGGUUAAGAUAGUACAAGUAUUUGGUGUUGAUGAUGAUCAGUUAUUUAUUCAUUUUUUAAUUAUUAUUAUUUUUUAUGUUGAUAAUUUUUCUACCUUAGAGAUUAAUCAUGAAUAUGUUUCCUUCUCAAUGUUUGUUCCUUGAAAAUACACAAGCUUAAGCAGGAAAUAAUGGAUAUAAUAAAACGGAGGGGAAAAAGACAUUCAAAGCAUUAUGGUCAUUACUUUUCUGUUCUGUUCUACUGGAUAUAUUGUGCAAUGAUUAUUGCUUUGUCUUGUAUGUGGUACAUUUAUAACUCUGUGGGUGUUAUAGUCAAGUAUUAUGUGUUGUGAUAUUUUAUCCCAAAGACUGAAGUGCACCUCAGUGUUGUAAAAGGAGGUACGAGGAUUUUGUUCAAGUUGCUUUGCCACUUUGCGCUGCUGAUAUGACGGAAGAAAUUGGACUUCGAUGACGACUUUGAAUAUUCUCAACGUUGGAAGUUUUUGUGGGCAGAGCUCAGGGUGCUUUGUUCAGAAGAGAGGCUAAGAUAAUAAUUGUUAUACAGUGAAUUUAUCAUUAUGUCAUGUAUUGGUAUAUCAUAUUUUUAUUAUUAUUAUAUUUUUUCAUAGGUAUUGAUUAUUUAUUAUGGAAGUAAUUGCUCAUGGAAUUAUAAUGUCCUCUGCUUGCAUGGGCUCAGCACUUUAGUUGAUUAACAUGUAUUUGUCACAGCUGUAUCAGCAAGAAAAAUAUAAUAGUUUAUAUGUCAUAUUGCAUUAUGUACAAAUCUCUCUUUUUAUUUUUACCUUUAACUCAAAUGUGAAGGUAAUUUUCCUGAUGCUAUUGAAGCUGUGAUUAUUGUAAACCUAACUUGUGUAUUGCAUUUAUAUACUAACAACAAAGGUGUUUUUGUUGUCUCUUACAAGCAACCAUUCUGUGACAUUUAUUAUAUUGUUAUUAUUAUUAUUUUUUCUCUUCUUUUUUAUCAUCAUAAUAUAUUGCGAUUAUUUUUUUUAUUAUUGUUAUAAUUUUUUUAUUAUUAAUUCUUAUUAUUGCCAUCAUUAUGAACAGUCAGUAUUUUCUUUCUUUCUUUCUUUCCCAAUGAUUGUGAAUGACAUGUUUUAUUCAAUAUAGGAAUCAAUUUCAAUGCAGAAUUAUUUCAUAGUCAGAGCAUGUGCCAGCCAGUCAUUAUGAGGUAUGUCACACACUGUGACAUGAUGGCAACAGUUGAACGUGAUGCCAUUCUUACAGUUACAGUAAGGAAAUUGUAAGACUGAUAGGUAGAUGAAAGAAAAGUCUAGGAUAGAUUAAUGUCCGUUUCUGGGAUUUGGCUUGUUAUAAGUAUCAUGAAUAUUAAGGUUUGUUAAAUACAGAUGGCCAUUUUUUUUUUUGAAUGGUAAGAAAAGAAAGCUUUUUGGUUAUAUGAAAUUAUUGUCAUGUAAUAAAGGGUUACUUUGGAUGAUAUUUGGAUUACAACAGAAACUGAUGUUGAGUGUUACAUUGUAGACCAAAUGAACUGAAUGUGAUUGGUUAAGAGUAUUUUAUAAUGAUUUAUCCCUUUGUCAGUAUUUCAGAGGUUAAAUUCAAGCAUUUUUUUUAUCCUUUUGCUGAGUGUCCCAGUAUUAUGGGAUUUUAUACUUUGAAGAAUAUUAAAUAUCAGAUCCAAA